UUUAUUUUUGUUGUUAACUUUGAGUUAUGUUGUGUUGUUGUUGGGUUCCACUUCCUUGUCACUGUACUUACAAAAUCUCUGUCUCCACUUUCCCCUCAAAAAUCCACAAAACAACAGCCUUCAUGGACGCCGGCGGCUCAGAUUCCAAUGGCCGCGAGUACAAAACCGCCGACGAGAUGUGGAAAGAACAAACCGGCGACCCUAACAAGAAAACCCUCUGGUACCGCCAAGGUGUCUCCUACUGGGAGGGUGUUAAUGCAACUGUGGAUGGUGUAUUAGGAGGGUAUGCAGAUGUUAAUGAACCUGAUAUUACUUGCAGUGAUGAUUUCUUGAAGAUUAUCUUAUCCGAACGUUUUAAUGCCGAUGCUAAAACUCAACCACUCGUUGCUCUUGAUUGUGGUUCUGGCAUUGGUAGGGUUACCAAAAAUCUAUUAAUAAGACACUUUAAUGAGGUUGAUCUUCUUGAGCCAGUAUCACAUUUCUUAGAGGCUGCACGUGAAACGUUGACCUCUGGAGAAUAUACAAAUUCAGAUAUGCACAAAGCAGUUAAUUUUUAUUGUGUGCCUCUUCAGGAUUUUACACCAGAUGUUGGAAGAUAUGACGUUAUAUGGAUUCAAUGGUGUAUUGGCCAUCUCACUGAUGAUGAUUUUAUUACAUUUUUCAAGAGGGCAAAGGUUGGCCUCAAACCAGGUGGACUAUUUGUCUUGAAAGAGAAUAUUGCCAGAUCUGGAUUUGUGCUUGACAAUGAAGACCGGAGCGUUACAAGAUCUGAUCCAUACUUCAGAGAACUCUUUUCUAGGUGUGGCUUGCAUGUUUACAAAUCAAAGGAUCAGAAAGGAUUCCCACAGGACUUAUUUGCUGUGAAGAUGUAUGCAUUAACCACCGAAGCUCCAAAGAAGACGCAUCGCACUAGAUCUAAAACGCAAUCUAAUAGACCUAGGACAAUCGUGUAUUGAUCAACUUGUCUUAUCCAUUUUCUGAUGUUGUAAUCUUUUAGUUUAUUUAUAAAUGUUGAGAGCUAUUUAUCCCCACUCCUUGUUUCUGAAAAAUAUAUCAUUUUUGUUUUAAAACUUUUGCAUGUGUACUCUCGGAGUGAAUUUAGAGGCGGGAAAGAAUUGCUUUCUAAAAGUUAUCAUGUUGUAUUCUAGUUUA